CCACCUGCUAAAUUAGGCAAAGUGUUACCAUCAAAUAUUUCACUAUAUAAAAAGGUUGUGGAUGUGGUACCACAAGGAUAUAAAAGUGAUCAUGCAACUAAACUAUCACCAAUUCCACAGUCACCUGGUCUUUCAAGCUGUUAUUCUAAGAUACCUUCAUUCAAAUCAAGCAUGGUGACUAUACCAAAAUAAAAUAAAAUGAAUCAAUCAACUAACCAAUCAGCACUUUCUCCUUUUCUGUUACCCCAAAAAUUUGAUUCUAAAAUACCAAUAUUCAGACAGAGAGCUGCCACAUCAAAAGACAAUGUAAUAGAUCGAUCAAUGAAACUAUCAGCAUUAAAUAGAAAGUUUCAAGCAAACAUGAUACUGAGUGAGCCAACUGCUCCUCAAGAAAAUGAAAUCGAUAAUGGGAAGUUUCAGAGAAAAGUUCUUUAUCAGUUAUCAAAUAUGGCUAACGAAAUUAAAGAUUUACGAAUAGCAGUGGAAAUGAUGGCCGUACCAAGUUUAGAGACUGUUGCUGAGGUCCAUCUAGAAGUUAUAGCUGGAGCUAUUGGGACCUUGAAUGGAUACAGAAAAUUAGAGGAGCAAUGUAGAGUUCUUGCUAAUCGAACAAUUUUACUUUGCCUUCUUUCGCGAAUCGGAGGGUCAUCCAUUAAAGAUACUUCUAAGAAUCUAUUGAAAAGACUUUUUACAAAUUUUGUUAUGUCUCAUUUGAGUAUGGAUGGUAAAGGUUCUCUUAAAAAGCUUCCGUUUAGAGACUCUGCUCUGUGUCAACUUGUUGUUGAGUGUGUAUUGAAACGAUAUUCUACGUCUUCUUUGUCCGAAAUACAUUCGUGCAUUGGUUCUCAUCUUAGAAUGGCUCCGUUUCGUUUAGGUGGCACUGGGAAAGGUGGCGCCCAUUUUUCCAAUUCUCAAGAUGGAGAGGCUGGCUUGAACGAUUCAAGCAAAGAUGAUGCUUAUUGUCAUGAAAGCGAUCAUGAUAAUGAUAAAUACGAUAAUUCAUAUUAUAAUAAUUAAAAUUAGUGUAAAUAUGUUUAAGACUUGCAUGUAUGAAAAAAAAUAUCUGUAUGUUUGA